ACGCGUCGUGUGUGCAUCACAUCAGAGAUUCAGAGCCCACACCAACGACGAGAAAGGACAAACUGCGGCGGACCGACCCGAAGGCAGGCCAAGGCCCGAUCCCCCCCUCCCCGCCCGGUCGCCGCCCCCGUGCCCCAGUGCGAUAGUCCCGUCGACGCCGGCGGACCGCGUGAGAUAUGGGUUGCUCCUCGUCUGUACCAGCUAGAAGUACAGGAGGGCUAAACACUGUCAACAACGAUAGCUCUUCUGCCACUGAUUCAAAGGACUUGCGUGCUAAGUUGGUAUUGCUGGGAGACUCAGGUGUUGGGAAAAGCUGCAUUGUUCUUCGCUUUGUGCGUGGUCAGUUCGAUCCUACUUCCAAGGUAACUGUUGGUGCAUCCUUUUUAUCACAAACAUUGGCAUUAGAAGACUCAACGAUAGUGAAAUUUGAAAUUUGGGACACUGCUGGGCAAGAGAGGUAUGCUGCCUUGGCACCACUUUACUACAGAGGAGCUGCUGCCGCAAUUGUUGUCUACGAUAUAACUAGUCCAGAAUCAUUUAGCAAAGCACAGUACUGGGUUAAGGAACUUCAGAAGCAUGGUAGUCCUGGUAUUGUAAUGGUGUUGGUUGGGAAUAAGGCUGACCUACAUGAGAAUCGAAGUGUAUCUUCGCAGGAUGCACAGGAGUAUGCGGAGAAGAACAAUAUGUUUUUCAUCGAGACAUCAGCAAAAACAGCAGAUAAUAUAAACCAACUGUUUGAGGAAAUUGCAAAGAGGUUGCCUAGGCCGACAGCGUCCUGACAAAACUGCAAGAGUUACACAAAUACAAGUUUGUACCAUGUAAUGCCUUUCCAUUUCGAAAAAUGUAAUGCAUGUCAGCCCAUAUGUACGGGUACUGUGUGGAAGGCUGAUGCUCAUGUAAAGCUUAUUCCAUUCUGUUAAUUGUGGAGGCCCUUUGGUAUUGAAUAUCCUCUGAUGUUACAACAAUUGGUAAUCUGAUGGUUUCCUCUUCCUUUUUUCUUUUUUGAUGGCAAUCGAACGAUGAAGUAGCUACGCAAAUUUGUCAUGUUUUAGGUGAUACUUUUAUUGUAAACUGCCUCGAUUGUGAAACUUUACAUAAUUCCUGGGCAAUGGAAGAAUGGAGGUCAA